UUAAUUAACUACCAAAAGUAUUUAUAUAUAAUAUAUGCAUGUCUGAGUGUCUAAUAAUUGUGAUGGGCAGCACCGAUGCGCAGUUUUGUCCAUGGUUCGACUGUAAAUCUGUGUGAGUGCCGGCCCUCUACAUUUUCAACAAAGAGUAAUGCUAUACGAGUUGACGAUUGUUGCUUGGUGUUGCUAUAACUGCAUUCAUAAGCAACAGUUUUCUUGCUCACCAGAUGCUCGAGGAAAUGUGUCAAUGCAAUUAUGAUAUUUCUGGUUUAAACUUCAAUCAUGAAGCAUGGGGGUGGUCGGAUGAACAAAGAUGGAUAUAUAAGGCUGGCAAUCUAAAAAUGGCCAAGUUUUAUGAUCCAUUGGUUCCAAGGACCCUCUCCGAAUUUCUUGUUGACAAAGGUUGAAGCUCAAAAAUGGCAGGGAAUGGUGAGGGUAUUUUGACUAUUCGGCUGAAUGAAUCCUGCUGGAAACCGACACAAAUUUUCUCCAAUGGGAUAUGGGUCCUUAAUCCUGGGGAUAAUCUUCUCAAUUAUCCCUUGGUUCGACUUCAUAUUCAAUUCAUUGUGAUAUAUAUCCUGACAUUUCUAUUUCACUCUAUUCUCAAGCACCUCCACUUGCCCCGACUCCUCUCCGAGAUCCUCGUAUGUUCUUCCCACAUUUUUCCAUUGAUGUUUUUUUUAGGGAAAUGGCUUUUCAAUGCAGGGGAAGGCCAUGUGCAUUGAGCAUUUCCGGAGACCUUGAGUCGUGCACUGGGUUUUACAACUUUGUCUGGAUAUUAUAUCAUUAUCCUUCUCUGUCAACACUGGAUCAAUUUUAACGAGUUUGUACUACCAAUGCUUUGUGUCUCACAGGCUGGGAUUGUCAUAGGAUCAACUGUAUUGGAACAUCUAAUGCCCGAACUACAUGCUGCUUUGUUCCCUCCAGAAUCUGAUCAGCUUUUCAAGGGAUUGACACGGUUUGGUUUCUUGAUCUUUGUCUUUAUGGCAGGAGUGAGGAUGGACGUAAACCUGGUGAUAAAAUUAGGAACAAAGGCCUGGAUUAUAGGCAUUGUAACACUCAUUGUCCCUUUCCUGUACAUUCAACAUCCUAUGUUUGAAGUUUUUUAUCAGUUCAAGGACAAUGAAAAUGAGAAAGUUUCCUAUACAGUGCAACAAGAGAUAGACAAUUCCAGACUGUACCUAUUAACUCUAUUGUCAACCCAGUUUCCUGGAGUCGGUUGGCUUUUGAUGCAUCUCAAGAUGAGCAACACUCAAAUGGGACACCUUGCUUUGGCAUCUGCAUUGAUCAGUGAAUUGACCAGGUUGUCAUAUCUUACUUUGAUCGUAUUCAUGUCUGAAGCAGUCGAAUUUGCACCACGAAUAGUGCUCAAGUCUGCAUUUCUUUGUUUCUUCAUCAUCGUUCUUAUUGUGCGUGUAUUGCGGCCAUUGAUGUUGUGGGUAAUUAGGCGAACACCAGAAGGUAAACAAGUUAAGGAAAUUUAUAUAGCCUUCAUUGUCGCAGCAGUGCUCUUCUUGGCAUUGAUCGGUGAUGGUGUAGGGAUUAAUUUUCUGUUUUGGCCUUUCGUGCUUGGGUUGGCGGUGCCAACCGGGCCUCCACUGGCAUCGACAUUGGAAGAGAAGUUUGAUACCUUUGUCACAGGGUUGCUUAUACCACUCUUGGCCACUUACUGUGGAAUUAAGACAGAUAUACCUUAUAUGCUUAGCCAUUAUGAAGCUUCCAGAGUCCUACUAGACUUUUCCGCAGUUGUUGGUAUUCUGCUAAAGAUUGUACUUCUAUUCGUUACUGCACUUUUUUGCAGGAUGUCUGUACAAGAAGCUGCUGCUUUUUCGCUCAUCUUGAAUGUCAAGGGCAUUCCCGAGUUAGGUUUAUUUGCCAGUUUCACUUACGAUGAGGUUUCAUUUAAAACACUUAGCAGUGCUGUAGUGAUAACAUUCACAGUGGUAGCGAUUGUGUCAAUCCUUGUCAGGAAACUAUAUGAUCCUUCAAAAAGAUACACAGGCUACAAGAACAGAAGCAUCAUGUUAACUCCCAGCGAAGGGGCGCUCCAGAUACUGGCUUGUGCAUAUAGGCAAGAAGAUGCCGUGGCUGCAAUCAAGCUACUUGAAGUUUCCAAUCCUUCUAAAGAGAGUCCCCUGGGUGUUUAUGGACUCUACUUGGAGGAGCUUGUUGGCAGUGCCAACCCUCAAUUGAUCAACCAUCAGUUAGGCCAGAAACACAGAACUUCUUCACAUCAUGGCCUCCGAUCACAACAGAUCAUUGACAUAUUCCAUUACUUCAAGUCACAGCAUAAGAAGACUGCCCAAGUAAAUUUCUUUACUGCAUUAUCACUGCCAAAAUUGAUGCACGAAGACAUUUGUUGGGUUGCUUUUGACAAGGCAGUAUCCUUAAUCAUACUCCCAUUUCAUAAGAAAUGGAACACCAAAGGCGACUUGGUUUCAGAUAGCCAGGAUUUAAGGGCCCUGAACAUUAAUGUACUAGACAAGGCCCCCUGUUCUGUGGGUAUUCUUCUUGAUCGUCGCAGAACACGAGGAUUGUCUUCCAUGUUUGUAUGUUCAUCUUCGUUCCAUGUUGCUGUACUGUUUUUGGACGGUGAAGAUGAUAGAGAAGCCCUUGCUUAUGGCAUAAGAAUGGCAGGAUGUCCCAAUGUUUUACUCACAAUCCUCCACUUCAAAACAGCUCAGGAAUCUGGACAAGAGAACUGGAGGAGAAUGAUUGAAAAUGAAUCUUUGAGGACAAUAAAGCAUGAGCUGACGAAAAGUGAAAAGGUCAAGUACCAAGAAGUGAUUGUGGGAGAUGGGUCAAAGACAGCAUCAAUAGUUCCAUCACUUCAGUAUGAUUACGACCUUAUAAUGGUGGGGCGACGCCAUGAUUUGGACUCUCUGAUAAUUUCAGGGCUAUCAGACUGGAAUGAGUCGGAAGAGCUCGGUCCACUUGGGGAUCUGCUUGCUUCCUCGGAAAUCACUGCUCCUGCUUCAGUUUUGGUAGUGCAACAACAAAUCUUGACGGCCAGCCAUAGCAGUACUUUGAAUAACUGAUUUUAUUAGUUGCCUCCAAUGCGAGGAACGCACAAAAAGGACCUUUUUUCCGGGAACACGAGUAUCGGCAAUGCAGAGAAGUUAGCAGGACAAUCGGAGUACUUGUGGUUGAUAAAGCUGAAUUCAGUCAUGGCUGGGCAUAUUUUAUGACAAUGACCGAGUCAGUGUUACUUAGAAGACCAAGUAAUGGUCUCUGCUUGAUGCAUGUAUAGAUAGAGGUAAAGAACCAUCAUUCUUUUCUUUUCUUUUCUUUUUAAAGGAUAGGUCACAGACCUACUAUGUAUUAGAAGAAGAGCCAAUACACAACCACUUUAAGUGGUGAAUUUCUCUACCCGUAAGUAGACGAAAGCAAAGAAAGCAGAACACAAUCAGCAAAAGCUAACUAAGAAAACAAGGCCCUGGAACAGGAGGGACAGUGAACCAAAAGAGGAAAAAGACAACAAAAACCUACACAUCAACAUUGCCAAAAAACCCCAGAACAUCCUCUAAUCAAACCGCAUCUCCCUUGUAACAGUGGAAGUCAGUUCUGGAGGAGUUUCUUAACCGCAUCAUUCUUUACACAUGCCUGGUUUGUGUUUUCUUAAAAAAAAUUUGAGCUUUCUCUCUGUGCUUUGUUCUCUUUGUUAGUAACAACUAAACUUGUACAUGCAUGGUUUAAGAAGUCGAGUUUCAUUAUUUUAUGCAUUUUUGACAGGUUUAUAGUUUGUUGAUGCUGAGCAACUUGGGCCUGAUUAGGUCACUAAUCCAUAUGGCCGAAAGGUCCAAUGGGCCGAAAAGCAUUAGGAAUUUGAAUACUCUGUCAUGAUGUAUUGUUAUUGUAUUAUUAUACAGCGACCAGAAUCCUUUACUUUGGCCUCAGGAUAAAAGUGGUCAUGCCAAAAGAGUGGGCAUAUGGUAUGAUCUGUGAGGGAAUAUGAUUCCAAAGAGAAAGUAUUGGACGUGGCUGUAUUAUACUAUUAUAUACAUAGCCCUCCUAACUACAUUCCACGCAUAGAGACUUGAGAGGUCACCAAGGAUAUUGUAGUUAUAUACUUACAUUUGGCAGCGCCUACUUUGAUUGACUGGACUGG